AUGGACGUCGGCAUCAUCGCCGCCUGUCUCAUCGUCAUGCGUCCCUGCUUCGAGGCCAUCCACAACGCCGUCCGGACGUCCUGUCGCUUCCCCGGACUGUCCUCCGCGAGGAGCGAUUCCGACACGAUAUCCUCCCGGGUCGCGAGCGCACUGCGGGAUAAAGGCGUCGUCCGGACCGUCGUUUUGGAGCUGGAAAGUCAACCCGGCUCGACCCGUGUGGUCACGCCCAAAGACCUGCUGUGA